CUUCGACAAAAAUUCAUCAAGCCAAAAACUUGCAACAUUUUGUAACUUCGGUCUCAAUCUCAAGUUACUCAAAAAUGGCGGAUGGACAACCUGUUGAGGAUAAUAAGGCUACCGCCGUUGCAAGUAGCUUAGGAGAGUCUCUCAAGCAUGAUGUCAAUGGUGGUGCACAUACUGUUGAGACUGACGGUCCCGCGUCUAAGAGACAAAAGCUCGAUCAUCAAGAGACGAAACAGGAGAACAGGCAAAACCAGCCAAGGGACAGAACUCGAGGUGUUGCGCCUGUAAAAACCGAAUAUCUUAUCUCUGAUGAGGCUCAGGCUAAGAUUGUGGACGAUGAUGCAGCAGAAGCUGGUAUUGCUACCAAUAACUCCGUCAAUGGAAAACCCGAUCCUCGGGAUGGCGGCGGUAAGAAGGGGAAGAACAGGAAAAAGCAAGGUGGUCAAAACCAGAAUCGCAAUUUUGGCAAUCAUGAAGAUGCAUUCCGCCUAUGUAAUAGCAUCACCUACUCCAACGAAUUCUCGCCUAAGCCGUGCAAAUUUGGUGAGAGGUGUAACUCAUGUCACAAUCUACGCAAGUACCUCAAAGAAGGUCGACGUGAGGACCUCGAUACCCUCGAUGGCAAGUGCCCUGUCUAUGAGAAGUACGGCAGGUGUACCGCCGGAUGGAAAUGUCGCUUCGUGAAGAGUCAUUCUAAGGAAGUCGACCGAGAAGACGGACGAAAGGAACUCAUACUUCUUCAGAACCUUGAUUCCAUGGAAACUGACGAAGAUCCUGAUCAAAGACCAGGCGUUGUCAACGUCGUAUCCACCGAUACUAAGUGGGAUCUAGCCAGAAGAAAAGUCAAGUUCGAGAAGUCGGAGCCGUAUAUAAAAUGGCUGGAAAAGGAUACUGAGAUUAUGAGACAAGUUCACAACCAAGCCAAGAAGCAAGAUGGUGACGGUGCAAAGAUUGAUAUCAGGGAAGAACUUAGAGCUCAGUUCGUAGAUCCGCCCCUGAGGCCAUCAGAGAAGAGAAAGAUCUACUUCGGAAAGGAGACUCCAGUCCUGGCACCUUUAACUACGCAGGGCAACCUACCCUUCCGACGGCUAUGCGUCGAAUUAGGAGCUCAGAUCACAUAUUCGGAAAUGGCUAUGGGAAUGCCUCUCGUACAGGGACAAAAGGGCGAAUGGGCACUUAUGAAGGCUCAUGAGUCGGAGAUUGUGCCUCCACGAUUCACACCCGAGCCGGGUGCGAUCGUAAAAGAUUACGACAACACGAAGGACAUCAAGUUCGGCGCCCAGAUCUCGGGUAAUCAGCCCUGGGUAGUAAUGAAGGCAACUGAGGCUCUAACCCAAUUUCUUCCUUACCUUCGAGUGGUGGAUCUAAACUGCGGAUGUCCUAUCGACAUGGUAUACGAGUCAGGUGCUGGCUCCGGACUUCUUGACACGCCUAGCAAGCUGGAAAAGAUGGUUAGGGGUAUGAAUAUCGUCUCCGGAGAAGUACCUGUUACAGCGAAGCUGCGAACAGGUGUGCGGGACGGAAAGCCGACGGCAGACAGACUAAUCGAAAGACUGGCCUUUGGCGGCCCGGACACGCGGGAUAGACUUGGAGCACCUGGAUGCGCGGCCAUCACGUUGCACGGACGAAGCAGACAACAGCGAUAUACGAAAAGUGCCAACUGGUCUUACAUCGCUGAAUGUACUAGUCUUAUUAAGUCAUACAAGGCUAAGAGGGACGAGAUAACGGACACAGCCCAGGAAGCGGACGAGAGCACUCAGGCCAACACGGCCGGCGGAAAGGUUUACUUCAUCGGCAAUGGGGACUGCUAUUCCCAUGUCGAUUACUUCAAACAUAUCGACGAGGCCAAAGUUGAUACCGUUAUGAUCGCACGAGGUGCCAUGGUCAAACCGUGGUUAUUCGAGGAAAUUGAGAAGGGACAAUACUUGGACAAGUCGGCGUCUGAGAGACUGGGCUAUAUAGAGAAGUUUGUUCGCUACGGACUAGAAGCCUGGGGAUCUGACGAGCUAGGCUUGGGUUUCACUAGACGAUUCUUACUAGAGUGGCUGAGCUUUACACAUCGAUACGUGCCCAUUGGUAUAUUGGAGCAUCUUCCACCCAGUCUCAACGACAGGCCCCCGCGAUACAAGGGACGGAACGAGCUUGAGACUCUUCUGGCAAGUGAUAACUAUAAGGACUGGAUUAAGAUCAGUGAGAUGUUCCUAGGCCCUGCCCACCCGAGCUUCAAAUUCCAGCCCAAGCAUAAAUCUAACAGUUACGAGAUUGAGGCAGAAGGGUAGACGUAAAUUUGUCUUGACGGGUUAUUCAUAAUUACUGUAGAACUUGGGGUUCAGUGUGGCGCAGAACACGCGGCCGGCGGCCUGACCUGACAUGGUUGGUAACAGGCCAGAUUUCAUUUGGUUCUGCAUAAACCCGAAAGUUAGGCAGAAGUAGAACUACACGGCUCGAUAGAGGAUCGUGUACUCCAUUUCAUGAAUGUUUCCUUGUGUGUGUAUGUGUGACUGGUGAUAAGAUUGCAAGUAGAUGAAAUUCAGAGUAGAGAUACCUAUCCCCUAGAUAGGUACCUAAUAUACCUAGGUACCUAAUCUG